AUUUGCUGUGGUUUUUUUUAUUGUAAUGAGGAAGGAAAACCAUGGAAAACGCUUAAAACACGCAUGAAAAACUAAUAAAAGUUUUGAAAAUUCAGCAGUGACGUUGGCAGCUGUAACAGUCUACUGACUGAAACGAGCAAACGUUUCUCGAAAAAACUCACUGUGCGUGUGAGUGCGUGCGUGCGCUCUUGUGUGUGUCAUCGUGUGUGUGUUUGUGUGUACCUCGGAGUGCGGUGUGUGCAUAAAAAGGCAUAGCAACCCACUGCCCCCGGGUCGGACAAGCGGGGAGGCACACAGUCGUCGUCGUCUUCGGUUCGAUUCGAUUCGAUUCGCAGAAGCAACGAAAGUGAGCGAGAACCAGAAAUUCUAAUUGCCGGGAGCGUGAUUUCCAGAAGUUUCCAAAUGGAAAACUGAUAUCCUCCAAAUCCGCCUUCAGACGAAAAGGACCAUCCGCAGAGUCGGACAGGAAGGAAGGACGGCAGGAAGAGAGCAAAAAUUCUCAUAUUGCUGAAAAAACACACUCUAUUUUUGUGCACUAGGAUUUUGCGCUAUCCCAUUCCAUCCCAGAUAUCAGCUCGGUAGGUCCUUCAGUAAAAAGAGAGAGAGAGAUAGAGAGAGAGAGAGAGCGAGCGAGCGGUCGCUCCCCUCGGUUUCCACCAAAAACAAAAUCCCAGCCAACAACAAUCGUGUGCAUCUGAAUUUGAAUGGAUCCAUUUGUUGGCUGGUUUCAGAAGGAACAGGAGGGACCAUCGCUGCGCACAUGGUUAAAGAUUUGGGAGACGAAUGCCCAGGAAAUGGGCGCAUUGCUUGAUCAGCAGCUACAGCUGGCGACCAACAACGGAGGAGGAGGAGGAGGCAGCAGCAACCUAGGAGGCACCAAAAGCAGCAUCAGCAGCACCAACACCACCACCACCACAAACACCACCAACACCACAACAAUAACAACAGCCACGAAUAGCACCAACGACAGUAACUGCAACAGCAACGGCAACGGCAACGGCAAGCCUUUUCUGUCGCGACCCGCCGCCGCCAGCAGCAGCACGCUGAGUCGCGUGCUCAACUUUCGUGCGGAUUCACUUGAAAUCCUGCCUCAAAUCAACGGCAACAGCAACAGCAACAACAGCAGCCCCGCAGCGGCUGAAGACAACAACUCCAAUAGCAGCUCCAGCAGCAGCAGCAGCUCUAGCAGUAGCUCGAGCAGCAGUAGCUCCAGCCACAUCAGUGCCAGCAACGAAGCGGUUGUAACCUCAACAAACAGCAUUAUAGGAUCAGCGGAAGCAACAGUUGCAACCACUAGCAGCAUUAGCACUACGAGUACAAGCACUCCUGCAACAACGACGACCACUACCGCAGCAGCAACAGCAACAGCAACGGCAGCGGCAACAACUGCAGCAGCAGCAGGUGGAACGGUUGCAGCCGUAAUGAAUGAUACGACAAACCAAAGUAACCGCACAAACAUCAUUUAUUAUAAUCCGUCUCGUAAGAAACGGCCGGAGAACAACAAAGUAGGCGUCACUCACUAUUAUAUGAACAAUCAUAUGGCAAUGAUAGCAAAAUACAAAGGUGAACCCUGGCGCAAGCCAGACUAUCCCUAUGGCGAGGGUGUGGUGGGGCUGCACGAAGAGAUUGAGCAUUUCUAUCAGUAUGUAUUGCCAACGCCCUGUGAGCACGCCAUACGGAAUGAGGUUGUGAAGCGGAUCGAGAACGUGGUCCAUACCAUUUGGCCACAGGCGGUGGUCGAGAUCUUUGGCUCAUUUCGCACUGGACUCUUUUUGCCCACCUCUGAUAUUGAUCUCGUUGUCUUGGGUUUGUGGGAGAAAUUACCAUUGAGAACGCUGGAAUAUGAGCUGGUGAAUCGCGGCAUUGCCGAGGCCUGCACGGUACGUGUUUUGGAUAAGGCAUCGGUGCCGAUCAUCAAGCUGACGGACCGCGAGACUCAGGUGAAGGUCGACAUAUCGUUCAAUAUGCAAUCGGGCGUCCAGUCCGCGGAGCUUAUCAAGAAGUUCAAGCGCGACUAUCCAGUGCUGGGAAAGCUGGUUCUGGUGCUCAAGCAGUUCCUGCUGCUGCGUGAUCUCAACGAGGUGUUCACCGGCGGCAUCUCAUCCUAUUCGCUGAUCCUCAUGUGCAUCAGCUUCCUGCAGCUGCAUCCGCGUGGCAUCUACCAUGACACCACCAAUUUGGGCGUACUGCUGCUCGAGUUCUUCGAACUCUACGGCAGGCGUUUCAAUUACAUGCGUAUUGGAAUCUCGAUCAAGAAUGGGGGCCGCUAUAUGGCCAAGGAUGAGCUGCAGCGUGACAUGGUCGAUGGCCAUCGACCGUCGCUGCUCUGUAUCGAGGAUCCGCUGACGCCCGGCAAUGACAUUGGACGCAGCAGCUAUGGGGUGUUCCAUGUCCAGCAGGCGUUCAAGUGCGCCUACCGUGUCCUCGCGCUCGCUGUCAGCCCACUCAAUCUCUUGGGCAUCGAUCCGCGUACUGAUUCAGUGCUGGGUCGCAUUAUCCACAUAACCGACGAUGUCAUCGAUUAUCGCGAAUGGAUACGCGAGAAUUUCGAACAUCUGCUGCUAGUGGAUCGCAUUUCCCCGAUGCCGCCCGGCUAUACCCCAAAUGGAACCAAAUAUGUGAUUAUGCCCUCCGGCACUGUGGUCCAACAGAUCUAUCAUCCGGUGCAGGUCCAAGCCCACGGCCAUGCGGGGCAUGGGCAUGCGCAUGCCCAUCUCGGCCAGCCAUAUACGACGACGACGACGACAGCGGUGGCUGUGGCGGUGCCCGCCACCCAGCAGCAGCAUCAGCACCAGCAACAGCACCAGCAAUCGCAGCCGCCGACGCAACAGCAGCAGCACCAACAGCAGCAGCAUCAGCAGCAGCAGGUGCGGCAUCGGCGGGGCAGCACCUCAUCGGGUGAUGAUUCCGAGGAUAGCAAAGACUGUGAGAUUGUGGAAGUGACGCCAACAACGGGAACAGGAACGGCAACAGCACCGACCACAGCAGCAGCUGGUUCCACGGUUGUGCCCAUGGAGAUUAUCGACAUAAGCUCAUCCCCCCCGCCCAAUGGCCGGAGUGCCGCCACCGUGGUGCCCAUUACGCUGGCCAUGCCCAUGCCGAUGCCAGUGUCCGCCGUCGGCAUGACGUUGCCGAUUGUGGUGGCAGCAGCAGCCAGCAGGAGCCACAGCACCACGAGCAGCAGUAGCAGCACCAACAUGAGCUGGAGCGGGAAUGGAAAUGGAAGCCGAAACAGCGGGAAUGGCAAUGGAAACGGAAACGGGAACAACAACAACAAUAGCUCCUCAGCGGGCUCGUCGCAGCAGCAGCCGCAGCAGUUCACUGUCCAAUUCAAACAGCAGCCGCCGCCGCCGCAGCAGCAGCCGCAGCAUCAGGUUGCCGGCUAUGCGAACAUGCUGGCCGCAAUUGCCGCCGCUGCCGCCGGUGCCGGCCAUCCAAUCCAACAUCAGAGUCAUUGUCUAAUUCAGAAUCCGAAUCCAAAUCAAAAUCAGAAUCACCUGCGCCAAUUGCGUGGUGGAGUGGGGAUUGGAAUUGGUGGUACAGCAGCGGCAGCAACUGCGGCCAGCAUGAUCAGCAGCCACCAGCAUACAUGUAUAACCUCUUCAUCACAACUACAACAGCCAUCAGACAUCAAUGUGUCGUCCAACCACCAGCAGCAGCAGCACCACCAUCAACAGCAGCAGCAGCAGGAGGAGGAGGAUGAUCGCCAUUCGACGGGAAGCAAUGAUGCCAUAGUAGGAGUAUCUCUGUCCACCACACCACCAAAUGGAGGAGGAGGCGGGCGGCACUACAACAAUCAGCGCAACAGCAAUAACAACAACAACAACAGCAACAGCUACUAUCGCCAGCAGUUUUAUGUCCCGCCACCGAUGCAGCAGCAGCAACAACAACAGCAGCAGCAGCAGACGACAUUGAACAAAGCCACGUAUCAGCAUCACAAUAGCCAUCAUCAGCAGCAGCAGCAGCAGCAACGUCAUCAUCAUCAUCAUCAUCAGAGCCAGCAACAGCAGCAGCAACAGCAGCACCAGAACCAGCAACACCAGCAGCAGCAUGUACAACAGCAACAGCAGCGUCCGCAGCAUUUGCGACAAUCUGUGAAUCGCUAUCAAAAGCCAGCGGUUGGAGCAAGCAAUAAUAGCAACAGAUUGCCACCGCUGCGUGGCACUUUAGUGAACUCCUCGUCUGCUAUAUCAAUCAUUUCCAUAUCCUCCGAAUCAUCGGUGGCCAGCAGCAGUUCGUCCUCGUCAACUAGAUCCGGAAAGAAUCGUCCACAAAAGUCGCGAUAGGCCGAAAUGUAGGGAGGCACCCCCCACCCCCACACACCACAGGCACACACACACAUACACACAUGGACACCCAUACGACAGGGACAGAUACUGACCGCAGCAGGACAAACCGCAAAGCAAAGCAAAGCAGAGCAAAGCAAAGCAAAGCAAAGCACAGCACAGCAGAGAGAGAGACAGAAAUAGAAUAGUAAGCAAUGAGAGAACGAUAGAACGAUAGAUAGUUUUAGAGAAGGAUAGAAGAGAGAGAGAGAGUUAGCGUUAAUAUAUUUAUUGAGUGUAUUCAAUAUUCGUCGUAUAUUCCUCCUUUCUCACGCGUACUCGUACUUCAAAUGUUCUGCAUUUUUUGAAUUAAAAAAUAAUAAUAUAUGCAUAUAUAUAUAUAUAUAUAUAUAUAUAUAUGUAUAUAUAUAUAUAUAUACACUCUCAAGGCAUGGAAAAAAGUCUGUCAAAUCCAUAGAACCGAUGUCCCUCUCCGCCUCCUGCACUCUCCUAAAAGUGUAUAUCCUUACUGCUGUCUCGCUUGUGGGUCUUCUCCUACUAAAAACUAGAACUAGACUUAAGGAAAAAUAACAAAACAAAAGAAAAACCCAACAAAUUUUGCCUACUCAUUGCGCUAAAUGUAUUUCAUUUUGUUUCUAAAAUAUUAUGAAAGCUGAAAGGCAACAAAAAAAAAAAUCCCCCCCACACACCCACAACAAAACCAAUUUAUAUAUAAAGAGACGGAGAUAUUUGUUAAAAGUGUAGAGGAUACACGCCGUAGAUGUAGAAUGCUAAGAUAAAGGAAAAAGCGAAACUGAAUUAUGAAAUUAGCCUGUAUAUCCAUCAAUGUGAAUAUAUAUAUACAUCUUGUAUCUAUAUAUAGUAACAUAGCUUAUAUAUAAAGCAAACUUUAGGCCGUUUUCAUUAAUUAAUUUUUUUUACAUAUAUAAUAUACAUAUAUUUACAUUAUACACACAUAUGAAUAAUAUAGAUUAUAAAUGUCUAGAAUUCCCUUCUCUUUCCCCCCUCCUACACACACACACACACACACGCACACACCCAAACACACACUCUACCAAGUGCAUACAAUUUUUAAAUGAUAUUCUAUAUCUUUUGUAAGCCUGAGAAUGCUCUGCAGCAAGAUAAGAUCUAACCCAAAAACAAAGCCCUCCCCACCCAUCCUCCGCCUGCCGGAUAUCAUGCUAAUUAUUAUUAAGUGCAAACCUGUACAAAUGAAAGCAAACACAACUAAUAUUACCCUUGACUCGUCGAGUGUCGGGUGUAAAAAGAAACUGUCUAAAGCUAAACCUAAACCUUAAAUCUUAAACAUUAAGGCUAAUUCGUAAAUCUUAAAUCUGUACAACCCCCCACACCCCACAACUCUUAGAUUACUGUAUUACUUCAAAGCUUGUUUUUUGAUGAUUUCGAUCGAAGGCUUACCUUUAACUACACACAACACAGCUUGUAAAUGUUUUUAUGAUUAUUAUUAUUAUGCUAAUGCUGAUUGCUAGUUUUUAUAAUUAUUAUGGUAUGUUCUAAGGAUAUUAAGCAUAUUUGUAGCCUGUACGAACACACAUUGCCCCUCGCCCUAAACACUGGAAGAAACAAAUGCAAGUGUGUUUUAAAACAAAACUAACAACAAACAAACAAAACAAAAAAAA